UACCUUUACUUGAGACCGUGUGAAUAUUUUAUACAAGCGGCUAUUCUCGAGUAAUUUAUCCAGCCUAUUGUACGAACAAUCUACAAUAAACUACGCGAGGAUCAGUGCAAAACCCGAAAAAAAACACUUUGACCCGACUUCCUUUCCCGCUGGCCAUGACAGUAGCUCGUUGUCGGGAGGCCCAUUGCAUUAGCUUGAGAAGCGUUGCAGUCACCGCAGAUUGGUGGCGGACGGUGGUUUCAGUUUGGGCUGCUGUGGUGCGUUCGUUCGCGGAGGCGCGGCAAUCUGCAGGAGUGGAAAGCCACCGGUAAUUCCUCACUGCGACGGCAGUGUGUACUGAAGAACAGAGUUGUGUGUGCAUCUUCAUUAUAUUUUUGUGCUAUUUGUGCGUGCUUUUUGAUCUUGUGUUCUUCUCGACCAGUUUUGUCGAUCACCGGAGCACUCAUUACAGACGACCAUGCCUCCGUCACGUCUAGGGCAUGUCAAGUUGUUGAUCAAAAACGCGAAGAUCGUUAAUGAUGACGCGAUCCUUGAAGGGGAGAUUUUCAUCGAGGAUGGAAUUAUCAGACAGGUGGGCAAGGAUAUUAUUGCGCCUGGCGGUUGCGAAACUAUCGAUGCCAAAGGCAUGCUUGUCAUGCCCGGUGGUAUCGACCCUCACACUCACAUGGAAUUUUACUUUAUGGGUACACGAACCGUUGAUGACUUCUACACUGGCACAAAGGCCGCCCUCGCUGGUGGAACUACCACAAUUUUGGAUUUUGUAUCGAAAAAGGAGCCUGGCAUGACCCUGCUUGAAGCACACGAAGACUAUUGUACCCGAGCAAAGGAAAAGGCCUGUUGUGAUUAUGGAUUUCAUGUUAUUCUCGACGAAAUGAACGAUCAGGUGGAGGAGGAUAUGGCUGAGCUCGUGAAGCGAGGCGUCAACUCCUUCAAAAUGUUCAUGGCCUAUAAGGAUGUGUUGAUGAUAUCAGACGAGGACCUUAUCCGUGGUAUGAAACAAUGUUCCCGAUUGGGAGCGCUCGCUCAAGUGCACGCCGAAAACGGAGACAUCGUUGCAGAGACUGGUGAAGAAGGUGAUACCGCCGACGACAAGAAUCAGAAGCGGCUUUUGAAUGAAGGUGUGUCUGCUCCAGAGGGUCAUCUGCUUUCACGCGACGAUGAGAUCGAAGCGGAAGCUACAAAUCGCGCAUGUGUUCUAGCGCAUCAGGUAAACUGCCCACUAUACGUGGCACAUGUGAUGUCGAAGUCUGCGGCAGACGUGGUCUCCCGCAGGCGCAACCUCGGUCAGGUUGUAUUUGGCGAGACAUUGGGCGCUGCCAUAGGAAUCGACGGUUCAGAGCAACGUCACUCGUGCUUCCGUCACGCUGCAGCGCAUGUUAUGAGCCCCCCAAUUAACGACGACCCAAGAAACCGCGAACAUAUGAUUAAUAUGAUUUCUAGCGGAGUCUUAUCGUGCGUUGGCAGUGAUCACUGCGUGUUUGAUGCAUCCAAAAAGGCGAUAGGUGAAAGUAACUUCACUAAGAUUCCUAAUGGUUGCAAUGGCGUCGAAGAGCGUAUGGCCGUCUUGUGGGAGAUGGGUGUCAACCGCGGUCGAAUCGAUCCUUGUCAGUUCGUAGCUGCCACGUCAACAAACGCUGCGAAGAUCUUCAAUCUAUAUCCGAAAAAGGGCCGAAUCGCUGUUGGUUCAGAUGCCGACAUUGUUGUCUGGGAUCCACGAUUUGUCAGGAAGUUCACCCCAGCCAAUCAUCAUUGCGCUGGUGACUUCAACGUCUUUGAAAAGCUGAUCUGUAGGGGUUCUCCAAAGUUUGUUGUUGCGCGCGGUCGCGUCGUGGUAAACGAGGGCGAAGUGCAUGUUAGCCAGGGCUGGGGCCGUCUGCUCGAGAUGCCCGCCAAUGGUCAACACGCGUUUGCCCGGAUCCGCGCUCGCACCGCGCUGCCGCCUGUGCCGACCGAGGCCGAGGUCAUGGAGCCACCGCGUUCGAGUCGCGCAUCGGCUGCUGCUUCCCCAGCUCCCAGCGGUGGUGCAGACUCCGUCGACGGCGCUUCGGUUCGUUCCGGAGAAACGCCUUUCGAUCAGAGGCGGCCUUCCCGUGAUAUCUUCCCGGCACAGCCAAAGGAGUUCCACAGCCGGCCUCUUACCAAGGGCGGAUCGCGCAAUUUGCAAGAUUCGUCGUUCAGCCUUAGCGGUGCUCAGAUCGAUGAUAACAAAAAUGCGAAGUCGUCGGUGCGCGUUCACAACCCACCUGGUGGUCGCAGUCAUGGCAUCUGGUAGACAACGUGUGUGCGAAACAAAGUCAGCUUGGUAGGGGCGUCGGAAUAAAAAUUUUCAGUUCCCACACUUGAUCAACUACCACGGUGCGUUUGUGGUUUGAAACUUAGAUGGUUCCAUCUGUGGAACUUCAAACUAGCUGUUUUGACCACGGACGUACAAUGUAGUCCGGGAGAAACGUCUAACCAAGCCCUGCCAUAUGAAACCAUCCGUACACGAUAGUGUAAUAUUAAUAACAAGUUCCAGUUGCGAGCGAGAAAACGAAUACAACUCAGACGGUACGUUCUCAGGCCAUUCCCACUAACGUACAGAGGGUCAGUUCAUCACGGGUGAAGAGCCUUGUUGAACAAAGCUGAAGUCGAAAAUGGGCCCGGUGGUUGCGUGUUCAGGAAAAGACGUAACGCAGUAAUCAUGGUACGACACGCCGUAUCGUCUUUUGGAUAAAACAUAAUUAACAAGACGAAGCCUACGAAUAUAAAUUUAGAGGAUAUUACCAAAGUAUGAACAGCAUGGAGGACUGUGCUAAUAGAACAAACGAAUCUCUAUCUCUUUCUUUCUCUCGCUCUCUCUCCCUUUCCGGGUCAGGGAAACAUCGACGGCACAACGCAUACACAAACUAGUAUAGUGUUGAAGAGAAUAUGAAUUUGAACACCUGGGGUCUUUACUGACUGGCAGAUAAGAUAAUGCGGAGAAGAACAUCAGUGAACAGAAAUGAGCAAAAAUAUAUUUGCAUUGAUUGCAUAAUUCGUAAUGGGGCAGAGCAGACGAAAUUAUGUACGAUUUGAGAAAAGCGUUUGGAAGAGUGACAGUCGAGCGAACGUGACGUAUUUCUGUGUGUAAGGAACUGCUCGAUAUCACGUUACUACUCUGCUAGAAUACAUGAAGACGUGACAGUUCUUUCCAUAUCCAUAUGAUUAGCGAUAUAUUUGUUGUUGAAUGAGACCUUUAGCUACUCUUAUUUGUAUAGCGACUGCAGUGUACCUGCGAAGAAUCAGUACGAAACUAUAUCUUAGGCUAAGUUGAGUAAGUAGUUUCGCCUAUUUGAGUAUUUUGAAUAUUGAAAGAUUUUCGUCUGCUUUGUAAACUACUGUCUUGGCUGCCUUCCAUUCGGCCGCAAUAGUCUUUCUAAUCACUGAACCGUCACUCAUUUUUGUAUUCUCCUCGUACAUUCUGCUCGCAGAGCUGUCGGUCAUCGUACGUUCAAAUGGAAAAAGGAUCUGAAAUGUUAUCGGUUUGUACUGCGGUCGCUAUUAUCUGUAGUUGACGAGCUGUUUGUAUAAUCUAUAAGUGGAUUGUAUGGAAUCGCUUGUUCUCAAGAAGACAACGUAAGAAAAUCAACGAAGAACGUCAGACGAAGUUAUUCAUAAACGAGUCUUAAAAUUUCUACUGACUGAAAGAGGUCGUCCAUUGUGGCGGUUAAUCCUAAUUAAAAAUUAGUAUAAGCGGGCUUAAAUCUAACAGAAACGUGUGAGCGGUAGUGAAGUGCUUUUGAGAACUAAAUUAGAACAAGCUGCUUUUCGAGGUUAAUCGAACCAGCUGUAUUCGUAUAUGACCUGUCAGCUGAAGUCACUAGAAUUCACCGAAGAAAUGAUCCAACGAUAGAUAUAAUUAAAGUAGUAAGUAAAAGCUGAAUCUCAUGACGCAUUUACUGAACUGAUCUGCCUAACCCUCAGUAAAUUGACUUCUCGUAUCUAACAUCGAAAGCGUCGAUCCUAAGGCUGAUAUCGUACUGGUCGCGUAGAACAGACUGGUUUCUGGAAAAUACUACAAAGACCUAAUAUUUUUCGAAAGAUAAAGAGCUUGCUCUCGUCUCUAAAUAGCCCAAAUGUGCGCCAAAAUUACGUGCGUACAGGCAAGAUAUUUUGUAUUUUCGUGUGAUUCUUUCUUGCGAUGAAAGAGAGCUUCGGAUGGUCUGUUGUGUUGAACGCGAACUGCGCGAGAUGCUGUACGUCACUGCAACAGUCAGUUUGUCGUAGAAUAACCCUGAAGAGUCGUCACUACUCUUUUGCUUCCGAAUGUUUACAUGUUAUUUUCAUGUGGUUACGAAUGUGUUUGCAAUUAUAUUUAUGAAGAUUACAAAGGAGAACUCGCAAACUGGCAUCUGUAGACGCUUGCGUUUUCGCUUGCGAACGACCUGAUUUGCGUGGAUCUUCAAUUUGAUUUUUACUUCACAACGCUAAAAUGAACAGCGCUAUGAAACAAAGAGAAAGAAUACUAAAUAUAUUGGGCACGAUCCUCUACAGCAUGGCGAUCAUCAUGCCAAUUACACACUUAACCGAAAUAGGACAAAUGGCACAAUUGACUCACUAACUUGAUAUAUCAACAUCUAGUUAUGUUAUGUUAUAUAUAUAUAUAUAUAUAUAUAUAGUAUGAGAUGAAGCGAGAAAAUGGCACUUGAUGGAACUUCGUCGAGACGAAGUAGUUCAGUCCAAAGCCAAAUAAGUAUGUUGGUCAGGGUCACUGGCCACAGAACAGCUAUUAUACGAAGAUCAUCAUAUUAAUAUAUUAUUAUAACAUUAUACUACGAUAAUUUAAGAUCAAGCAUACACGGAAGAGUGGUUGCAAUAGCACAGCCAGAAUGGAACGAUGCAUAUAUAUGACUUCGUGUAGGCUGAUGAAAGACAGCAGCAUCUAAUAAUAAUGAUGACAGUGUCAAGAAAUAAGUACGAUGAUACUUACCUAGUACAAGACGGUAGAAAAGCUAAGAAAGACGCAUGCAAAAGAGAAAAUCUGUGGGCGUAAGAUUGUCGGAAUUAAAAUGACAACAAUACUAUAUCAAUAACAGCAGAAACAGUAACAACAAAUAUUACACUGAUCAUAAUAAUAUUAAUAAGAAAAAACUAUUGAAACAGAAAAAGAAUAACAGAUCUGCGCAGAAGACAAACCACACAAUGAGGACUGCUUGCGAAAUGCUAGCAACUGCGUGUGGAUGAGAAAUUAAUAAAUCUCAUUUUUAUUUGUGAAAACUAA